GACAACAAAGAGGUAUUGCGCAACACGGGACUUCGUGGCGACGCUUCGCGGGCACACACCGCUGCUUCGUAUCUGCGCUGCCGCUCUUUUUGCGCCUUUUCUUUCAGGUGUGCCCUCGUCGCGGUGCGCAAUGGACACGGAGGACGGCGACUUUAUUAUCUGCGGUGACGGCGGCUCGCCGGAGGACGUCGCCCUCGACACCGUCGUGGGUGUCAUUGAAGAUUUCAUGAUUUCCUUCGACAGCGAGCGCGUGUGGGACAUGGUUCCGCCGUUCCACCGCACCUCCGACGAGCAUGAGCAGCACACGCACUUUCAGACUGUGCUGCAGGCAGUGGAGAAGGAAAUGGACGCGUACGUGCUGCAGCAGUGCCCCGACCUCGACAGCGUUGAGGAGGUGGGCGCGCUCUUGCAAAAGCGACACCUCGACAUCUCAGAUCAAGUGUGGGAGUUUGUGAGUGAGGGCUGCUUCGACUACGAGACCUUUAUACAGUUGUGGAAGGAAAACAAGCCGUGA